CGGUAGCCGCGGAGAUCGCGGGGGUCCCCCAGCCUCGGAGAAGGGAGGCCCGCCUCGGCCGCCGCAUGGGCGCUCGGUGCCCCCCGGGCGCCCGCUGACCGAGCCCCCCGAGGCCGGCCCACCCGGGCGGCCGGAGGAGGAGGAAGGAGCGGGGACGGCGUGCGGGCGGACGGUCGGGCUGACCGGCGGCCGGCCGGCGCUUCUGCACCAUGAACUACCAGCAGCAGCUGGCCAACUCGGCUGCCAUCCGGGCCGAGAUCCAGCGCUUCGAGUCCGUGCACCCCAACAUCUACUCCAUCUACGAGCUGCUGGAGCGCGUGGAGGAGCCCGUGCUGCAGAGCCAGAUCCGGGAGCAUGUCAUAGCCAUCGAGGAUGCGUUUGUGAAUAGCCAAGAAUGGACAUUAAGUCGAUCUGUGCCAGAGCUGAAAGUGGGAAUUGUGGGUAAUUUGGCUAGUGGCAAGUCUGCGCUGGUACAUCGAUAUCUGACUGGCACGUACGUUCAGGAGGAAUCACCCGAAGAUGUGGAUGCAGGUGGGAGAUUCAAGAAAGAAAUAGUUGUUGAUGGGCAAAGCUACCUGCUGCUGAUUAGAGAUGAAGGGGGCCCUCCAGAGGCACAGUUUGCCAUGUGGGUGGAUGCUGUUAUAUUUGUCUUCAGCUUGGAGGAUGAGAUCAGCUUCCAGACAGUUUACCAUUACUACAGUCGAAUGGCCAACUAUCGGAACACGAGUGAGAUCCCCAUGGUACUGGUAGGAACUCAGGACGCGAUAAGUUCCAACAACCCACGUGUCAUCGACGACGCUCGAGCGCGGAAACUGUCGAAUGACCUGAAGAGAUGCACGUACUACGAGACAUGUGCGACCUACGGCCUGAACGUGGAACGCGUGUUCCAAGAUGUAGCUCAGAAGAUUGUUGCCACCAGGAAGAAGCAGCAACUUUCCAUAGGACCCUGCAAGUCAUUACCUAACUCCCCCAGCCACUCCUCCGUGUGCUCCGCCCAGGUCUCUGCUGUGCAUAUCAGUCAGACGAGUAAUGGAGGAGGGAGCUUGAGCGACUAUUCGUCCUCCGUCCCGUCCACUCCAAGCACCAGCCAGAAAGAGCUCCGAAUCGAUGUCCCUCCUACUGCCAACACUCCGACUCCUGUCCGCAAGCAGUCCAAGCGGCGAUCCAACCUGUUCACAUCUCGUAAAGGGAGCGACCCAGACAAAGAGAAAAAAAGCCUGGAGAGUCGAGCGGACAGCAUUGGAAGUGGCCGUGCAAUUCCAAUUAAGCAGGGCAUGCUGUUAAAGCGAAGCGGCAAAUCUUUGAAUAAAGAAUGGAAGAAGAAAUACGUCACCCUGUGUGACAACGGCGUCCUGACCUAUCACCCAAGUUUACACGAUUACAUGCAGAAUGUCCAUGGGAAAGAAAUCGACCUUCUGAGGACCACUGUGAAAGUCCCAGGAAAGAGGCCCCCCCGGGCCACGUCGGCCUGUGCCCCCAUCUCCAGUCCCAAGACCAAUGGCCUCGCCAAGGACAUGAGCAGUUUGCACAUUUCGCCAAAUUCAGGGAAUGUUACUGCUAGUGCGUCUGUGUCUCAGAUGGCAAGUGGCAUCAGCUUAGUGUCCUUCAACACUCGCCCCGAUGGGAUGCACCAACGGUCCUACUCCGUCUCCAGCGCUGACCAGUGGAGUGAAGCCACAGUCAUUGCCAACUCGGGCAUCAGCAGCGAUACAGGUUUGGGAGAUUCAGUCUGUUCGAGCCCCAGCAUAUCCAGCACCACGAGCCCCAAACUCGAUCCUCCACCUUCCCCUCAUGCCAACAGGAAAAAACAUAGACGGAAGAAAAGUACCAGCAAUUUCAAAGCCGAUGGCCUCUCGGGCACAGCUGAAGAACAAGAAGAAAACCUUGAGUUUAUCAUUGUGUCCCUCACUGGCCAGACGUGGCACUUUGAAGCCACGGCGUAUGAAGAGCGGGACGCGUGGGUACAAGCCAUCGAGAGUCAGAUCCUGGCCAGUUUACAGUCUUGUGAAAGCAGCAAGAACAAGUCCCGCCUGACGAGCCAGAAUGAGGCAAUGGCCCUGCAGUCAAUACGGAGCAUCCGAGGGAAUUCGCAGUGUGUGGACUGUGAGGCUCAAAACCCAAACUGGGCCAGUUUGAAUUUGGGCGCUCUCAUGUGCAUCGAAUGCUCAGGGAUACACCGGAACCUUGGCACACACCUUUCCCGCGUCCGGUCUUUGGACCUCGAUGACUGGCCCAUUGAACUCAUCAAGGUCAUGUCCUCCAUUGGAAAUGAGUUGGCAAACAGUGUCUGGGAAGAAAAUUGCCAGGGACACAUGAAGCCCUCGCUGGACUCCACCAGGGAAGAAAAGGAGCGGUGGAUACGAGCUAAGUAUGAGCAGAAGCUCUUCCUGGCUCCUCUCCCAUGUAUGGACCUCUCUCUGGGCCAGCACCUGCUGAGAGCCACAGCAGAUGAAGACUUGCGGACUGUCAUCCUGCUCCUGGCCCAUGGGUCACGGGAAGAAGUGAAUGAGACCUGUGGGGAGGGCGAUGGACGCACAGCUCUGCACCUGGCCUGUCGGAAGGGGAAUGUGGUUCUGGUACAGCUCUUGAUCUGGUAUGGCGUAGACGUCAUGGCUCGAGAUGCCCAUGGAAACACGGCGCUGGCGUACGCCAGGCAAGCCCCGAGCCAAGAGUGCAUUGACAUUCUCCUGCAGUACGGCUGCCCCGACGAGCGCUUCGCCCUCAUGGCUACUCCCAACCUGGCCCGGAAAAACCACAACCGUAACAACAGCGGUGGCCGGAUGCCCACCAUCCUCUGAGCUGUGAGCGCGGCCUUGCCGGCACCCAAGACAGCAGCCCUCCUUGCGCCCUUCCUCCUCAAAGUUACAACCUGUGAGUGUCGUGAGGGCCACCUCCCACCUUCCCCAGGGAUGGCGGCCUUCCUCCCUGACCACCGCACCUCCACCCCGACCACCUAUCCAUCCUACCCCACCCACCACCCAAAAAUGGGAAAUCUGGACAACCAUGAGGAGAACAGUGGUGGAAGAGGAGGAGGAAAGAGGACCACAGAAUGAACGAUCCUCCUUAAAGAUCUUAAUGAUGAACACAGAAAGAGGGAGAAAAAAAAAUCAGCGUGGCCCUGGUCCUUUGAUCACGCUUAACACACGGCAUGGGACCGACCAUUUUCCGGGUUGUCCGCAGACUGUCUCGGCAAGUGAUGGGGAAGAGGGUGGGAGAGGGAGGGAGGGAGGAGGGAGGGAGGAAGAGGAGGCAGAAGAAAGAAGGAACGGGAACUUUCUUUAACUGCCAGUUAAGCACAUCAGUACUUUUCCCCACUCCCAAACGGAACCCCUGGAUUUCAUUCUCUUUGCCGAGGAGCUUGACGACAUAAAUCAGAAGCAAGCACAGAGUUUGUCAGGUUUGAAGCCCCUAUGAUGGUGUGUGUCAAAUCAGUUGUAGCUAAUCUGUCCAGGGAGAAUACUGGCUUCAUUACACUUGUAUAGUUGAGCUCUUCCAGCAUUACCGCUGUUUAAUAGGACAUGAUUAGUCAUCACGGAGAAAAAAGCAUAUUAGCUGAGAAGGUAGUUACUCGGCACGCAUCGGUGAUUGCCUGGAUGUGAUUGCAAUAUUCUUCCGAGCAUCAUAUUAUCUCAGACAUGUUCUUCGGAGCCCUUGGAGUCCUCCUUUCUAAAUUCACUGUCAUAAUUUAGGAUCUGUUUAAUUUUUCAGCCCAAAGAGAGAAAAGCAGUUGCCGAGUAUUAUUUGACUGCAGUCUCCUUGGUGUUAACAACAAAAUGGGAAAAAAUAAAUAAGAGUAAGGAUGAAAUCCAGAAAGGAAAUUGUGAACCCUGCUAACAAUCACAUUUCAAGUACGUUUAGUCAACCCAAUAAAUGAGUCCACAGCGAUUUUUUUCUUUCCAGCCGAGAGAGAGAGAGAGAGAGAGAGAGAGAGAGAGAGAGGGAGAGAGAGAGAGAGAGAGAGAGAGAGAAGGAGAGAGAGAGAGAGAGAGAGAGAGAAAGGGAGAGAGAGAGAGGGAGGUUUUUUUUUUUUUCUGUCCUUUGGCCAAGGUGGGUGUGUCAAAUUCAGGGGUCCUUCUCAUGCUGUGUUGCCUAAGUUAUACAGAUUUUUGUAUUGUGUCUUUAGAUGAGUGUAAAAUCUAUUUGAAUAAAAAAAAAGUUCACAAAGAUGCAUUGAUUUUUGUACAGAUGGAUGGCACCUCCACUGAUUUGGAAAUUGACUUACAUGUGAACACAUCAUGGGGCAACUUGAAGGGAUGGGAGGGUUACGGGUCAUUGACACAGAAAGGGUCCCAGCAGCAGGCACUUCCCAUCUAUUUUUGUAUAUUCUUAAAGAACGUUUUGGAAUGAGAUGGUGGCCCAUUUUAUUUAUUUUUAAAAGGUGAUACUGAAUCUUGUUACAAAGCAAAGGAGAGGGGAGGGUGGUUUUCAAACUGUGGAAACAAUUUAGAUGUAACACUUUUGCCAACGGAGACAAAGGGCUAUGUCCUAGGGGAAGAGUAGGCUUGUCUGAUGAAACCCAAAUGCUUGGGAAAGGAGGGCCAUGAAUAGCGUCCCUUCUCAACUCCCUCUCUGGCUGUUCUCGGGGCAAGACAGACCUGUCCGAACCUGAACGCUCAUCGCUAGCCACCCUGUUGAUAGAUAUUUUGCUAUUCGGUUAUUGCUACGUUGAGCCAUUCCUGACUCCCACCAAACUUCAGACAUGGCAAAACAACCAGGAUUGUUCCUGAGGUAGAGGAGCAGGCAUUCUUAAGAGGCCCUUGGGAGUAGCAAGGUGGAGAGAGAAGGGUCUGGGACCUUAAAGGGGGAAAUCUGGCCUGAAUUAGAAAACUCUAGACAGUUUCCAACCCCACCCAGCCAAAUAAUUCAAAAAACCAAGUUUUUCACAUAUGUCAUCUAUGUUUCACAUGGCUUGGGAGGUUUGGUUUUUGGUUUGGUUUUUUAAAAUUUUUUCUCCUCCUUUGCUAAAAUGAACAAAAUGUUCAA